AUGGCACAAGUACUCCCGGUGGAGGAGGGACACCAUCAAGCGACAUCUCAGGCAACAAGACACAACAAGCCUCCCAACCUCCCUGGGGGACCGGUCGCCCUUGGCAAACCCGGCCAGCACUGGGACACCGUUUGGAUCACCUUCUGGCACGCUCACGAGUAUUCCUACGGCGGCAAAUAUAUCUUCACAAGGUACAGGGCCGGUCUCAAGCCCCGCGGGUGGAUCAUCAACCCAGAGCUCAGGGUCGUGGAAUUCAACAUGGAGCUCAGGUCCGAGCACCCCAGGAACGGCAGUGCCUACAGCCUUUACCUCCUCGGGGCUUUCUCCCACAACGAACAUCGGAUCUACAGGCUUCUCGUCACCGACCCUGUCAGGAUCUGGCUUCUGGAAUGA